AUGCUCUUCUAUUGGAUAUCUUUGCUAAUUUUUAUCCCAAUUUUUGUGUGCCAAAGGCAGGUUGGCCCAAAUAACCGGGAAUAUUCAUUUCAACACAUCAUCUGCCGCAAACUCACAUGCAGCCUUGAGCAGGCGUUGACGGAGAAUGUCAAUAUUACCGGAGUGCUGAGGAGUAACGGGUUCUUCACUUCGUAUCAUCCAUGCGUGUAAGUGAUUUUUCACUUCUCCACAUAUUUUCCGCCCCACUCAUCCCUUCCAAAAUACAUUUCAGAAAAGAAGUCGGCUCAACGGAACCCGCCAAGGCCUUGGUUCAAGAUCAUGGAAGAGAAUUCACCUUGAAAUGCUAUGUGAAAAAAGCAGAUUACGGCAGAUAUUCGAACACCUUUGAACUGCACGUCGAACAUAACUGCAACUACCGGCGGGAAAAGGAAGAAUUCGUCCUGGAUCUUCCACUUGCUCAUCAAUUUGAGGGUGGGGUGCACAUCUUCAAACGAAUGGAACUUCUUGAAGAAAAAAGGGAUCAAUUUACGAGACUUUUGACCAAGUAA